CUUUUGUUUGCGUAGGUUUAUCGGCAUGGAGAUCGCACGCCCGUCGACCCUUAUCCGAAUGAUCCCUACUUGAACAAGAGCUACUGGCCUGUUGGUUUCGGUCAAUUAACAAAUGUGGGUAAAGAGCAGCAUUAUGAGUUUGGCGCGUGGCUCCGCACGAGAUACAACGACUUUUUACCGAAAGACUACAGCGAAAGCGACAUCUACAUCCGUGCGACCGAUGUAGAUCGUACCCUAAUGUCUGCGCAAGCGAAUCUCGCCGGGUUGUACCCGCCGGUGACACCCGAAGACACAUGGAACGCCGAUAUUCCAUGGCAGCCGAUCCCGGUGCACACCGCGCCGGAAACCGACGAUAUCAUACUCGCCAUGAAGACAAACUGCCCAAGAUAUAACUACUUCAUGUCACAAUUGAUGGAAGAGCCGUAUUUCCAGGAUUUAGCUAAACAUAACCAGCCGAUUUAUCAAUACGUGACGAAAAACACCGGCAGAAAGGUGUCGGAUAUCCUCAGCCUGGAAUUCAUCUAUAAUACUCUAUUUAUUGAGGAUUUGUACAACUACACGUUGCCACAAUGGACGAAGCAAGUGUAUCCGGAUGUAAUGCGGCCGUUGGCAGCGUUAAGCUUUGCGAUUCCAUGUUAUAAUGCGGAUUUAGCGAGGUUGAAAGUCGGCCCGUUGUUGAAUGACAUCUAUACACGUUUGAAAGCGUCCGCAGCGCCACCUACAGAAAAUAUAUACCAUCCGCGUGGUAAUGCGCCGUAUAUUGAAAGUCAUUCGAAACAAGACCAACCGAAGAAGAUGUGGAUGUAUUCUGCGCAUGACACAACAGUUGCGAAUGUUUUGAAUGCGUUGCGCGUGUUUGACCCGCACUCACCGCCGUACACGAGCGCUGUUAUCAUUGAAUUGCGCACGAGUAUCGCACGCGGUACGUUUGUAAACAUCUUCUAUAAAAAUUCAAGCGUUGCGACGCCGAUUACGUUGCCUACGUGUACGUUCGACUGCAGUUUGGAGGCGUUUCACGGUAUUCUCGCGCCGCUGAUGGUUUCGCCCAGCGAUUGGUAUGUGGAAUGUGAACAGUUGAGUUUGCUGAGUCUAUUAGCGUUUGAGUCGAUCGAAGGUAUCGUCUUUUUUGUGCUCUGCGUGUUUAUCCUGAUGAUUGUCACGAUGCUUAUCUAUUGCAUUUAUUGCGCCAAACCCAACUGUGAGCAGCGGACUUAUCUGCGCCUGCCUGAUGAUGAUCAAACUGUUUAAAUCAGGUGAUAACGCAGAUAUAAAAAAAAGGAAAAAAGUUACCAUUAUCCUAUUUAGAUUUAUUGAUAUUGACUGAAUAUAGAUAUCGGUUUUAUCACUGUUGGACUGCCUCGGCGUCGAAUCAAAAUGUACGUAAUUGAUGGUUGAUUCGACGCCGAUUGUUUUGAUCAAAUUCUAAGUGUCAGACUUGUGAUGUAUGUUUAGGAAGGUACUUAAGUCUAUUUUUCUAUUCGCAAACAGACUUUGAAGCGUGGGAUUAGGUCGUCGAAAACACAACUCAAAUGGUACAAACUUGUACUUAAUAUAUGACUAAGUAAUAUUUA